GGAGGAGGAGGAGGAGUGCGUGUGGUGGCGGUGGUGGGGAUUUACAGUCUCCCUUAACGCUUGCUGGGACCUAGGGAAAGAAGAGUUACACCAUGUACAGCAAGUGAAAGAAAGUCUCUGUGUGUGUUUUUGCAGAAGUUGAGGGUUUUCUCUGCUGCUUCCAGGAGUGAAAGCUGUGCCUUUAAUACUCAUUGAGAGAGAUACCUAAGAGAGAGAGUACUGCCCUGAAGGGAAAAGUUAAGGGAAACUGGGGAUUCGGCUACACUUGCCCCGAACCUCUUAACUGUUGGAUGUGGUGAUCUCCAUGGUAACUCAAACCCCCAGACUCUUGACAGCAGCCUGCGACAAGCAGCAUUCAACAGCUCAAAGAUCUCACAAACAGAGUGUGGAUCACACUUCUUAUAAACCUCAUCAUAUUGAGGUAGGGCUAAGAUGAGCAUAACCAGUGACGAAGUGAAUUUCUUGGUGUAUCGCUAUCUCCAGGAAUCAGGUUUUUCCCAUUCGGCCUUCACAUUCGGUAUUGAAAGUCACAUUAGUCAGUCCAACAUCAACGGAACACUAGUGCCACCUGCUGCCCUCAUCUCCAUACUUCAGAAAGGUCUGCAAUAUGUGGAGGCUGAGAUCAGCAUCAAUGAAGAUGGUACAGUAUUUGAUGGCAGGCCAAUAGAGUCACUAUCGCUGAUAGACGCAGUGAUGCCUGACGUUGUUCAGACCCGGCAACAGGCAUUCAGAGAGAAACUAGCUCAACAACAAGCCAGUGCAGCAGCAGCAGCAGCAGCAACGACAGCAACAGCAGGAACAACGACAACUGCUAUUUCCCAGCAGAACACACCAAAGAACGGAGAAGCCACUGUGAAUGGAGAGGAGAAUGGGGCACAUGCAAUAAAUAAUCAUUCAAAGCCAAUGGAAAUUGAUGGAGAUAUUGAAAUUCCUCCUAACAAAGCAACAGUCCUUCGGGGCCAUGAAUCAGAGGUGUUCAUCUGUGCCUGGAACCCUGUCAGUGACCUACUAGCAUCCGGAUCUGGAGACUCAACAGCCAGAAUAUGGAAUCUCAAUGAAAACAGCAACAGCGGUUCCACUCAGUUAGUUUUGAGGCACUGCAUAAGAGAAGGAGGACACGAUGUCCCCAGCAAUAAGGAUGUGACUUCAUUGGACUGGAAUAGUGAUGGAACACUGUUGGCUACAGGAUCAUAUGAUGGUUUUGCAAGAAUAUGGACAGAAGAUGGAAACCUUGCUAGUACCUUAGGUCAACAUAAAGGUCCUAUAUUUGCCCUUAAAUGGAACAAAAAGGGGAAUUACAUUUUAAGUGCUGGUGUUGAUAAAACAACAAUAAUUUGGGAUGCUCACACAGGAGAAGCCAAGCAGCAGUUUCCUUUCCAUUCAGCCCCUGCUCUGGAUGUAGACUGGCAGAACAACACUACUUUUGCCUCCUGUAGUACUGACAUGUGCAUUCAUGUAUGCAGACUUGGCUGUGAUCGCCCAGUUAAAACUUUUCAAGGACAUACAAAUGAAGUCAAUGCAAUUAAAUGGGACCCUUCUGGCAUGCUGCUAGCAUCCUGCUCUGAUGACAUGACAUUAAAGAUUUGGAGUAUGAAGCAAGAUACAUGUGUACACGACCUUCAGGCCCACAGCAAAGAGAUUUAUACUAUUAAAUGGAGUCCUACAGGACCAGGCACCUGCAACCCAAACUCCAACAUCAUGUUAGCAAGUGCUUCAUUUGAUUCUACUGUUCGGCUGUGGGAUGUUGAACGAGGAGUCUGCAUUCAUACAUUAACCAAACAUCAAGAACCUGUCUACAGUGUAGCUUUUAGUCCUGAUGGAAAAUACCUGGCCAGUGGAUCCUUUGACAAAUGUGUGCAUAUAUGGAAUACACAGAGUGGAACUCUAGUACAUAGCUACAGAGGCACUGGAGGCAUCUUUGAAGUCUGUUGGAAUGCUAGAGGAGAUAAAGUGGGAGCAAGUGCAUCAGACGGAUCGGUUUGCGUUCUAGAUCUGCGGAAGUAAAAAUGAAGUGUUUUAGAAGAAAUUUCAAAUGGACCAGCAGUGAAUGUGUGGGGAGAAGCACUCUUCAAAACAAUUCUUAACAGCUCCAGAACUGUAUGAACUUGAAAAAAGUUAGAGUGUACAAUGAAACAACUCUCCCUGGCCACAGAUGUCUAGUAUUUUGUCCGUAACCUUCAUCAAGGAGUAAAAACACAGUCACUUCAGAGGGGGAGGGGAUGGUUUCCACCUGAAACAUUCAGCCUUGGAAGCAUGAAGCCACCAGCUAGACAUUGCACUGUUUUGUUUGCAUCUGAGAACUUGCUCUGAUGGCUGAGAAAAAAAGCUGUGCCAAAAAAAAAAAAAAUACAAACAAAAAAAGCAAAAUGCUGUGAUAAACCAAAAAGGAAAAAAAAAUCCUCCUCCAUGUGGUGUUGUAUUUUUUUUCCUUCCAAUUUGGACACUACAGUUGCUCUCCCAAAGGACGUUCAAAGACCAGUUUGUACUGAUGAAAUGCGCAACUUUGUAAUCACAACACUUUCUAUUUUCUAGACUACUUUUUUGUUCAGUGGUUUUUCUAUCAGCUGGAAUAUUACAGUCUGGAAGAUCCCAGGCUUAGGUUGGAACUGAUUUUUUUCCUUUUAUUUUCCCUGCCACUUUUUCUUCUUCCUUCCUUUUUUUUCUUUCUUUUCUCUUCUUUUUCCCCCUCUUUUUUUCCUAUGUGCCUGUAGUAAAUGCAGCCAGGUGGACAUGACAGUGAAAACUUCUGACAGACUGCUUCUCCUUUCUUUUCUCUCCCUCUCUCUUUCUCUUCCCCCCACCCCCACUUAUUUAAAAAAAAUCCUCCAUGCUUCAGAUCUUAGCGUCUCAAGGGCACUUUCAGCAAAUUGUGUAAUAAGUGCUUUAUAUAAGAAUGCAGUGCCGGGGAAGCUUUUUACAGGAGAAAGAUGACUUUUAAGAGAAAGAACCCAGUGUAUUUUUGGAAAAAAAUAUUUUUUAUGUUAAACACAAUUUUAAAAGCCUAAAAUGGCCACUGAAGAUAAACUGGUUGUGUAAUUCCUAGAAAAGAAUGAUGCAAAUGGAAUCCAAGAUACAUGAAAGAUGCAGUAUCCUUUACUCUUCUCCCCCAGCUGAAUAACCACUGUAAGAAAAUUAUCAUUCGAUAUAACAGAUCAGUCAUUUUUUUAAAGAAAUAUUUUCCUGCAGCCAGAAGUUUCAAUAGUUUAAUUUCAUUUCUGUGGCUCUGUGUUGAUGUUGAUUUAAAUUUAUUAAAUGAACUUAGAAGUUUGA